GCUUUUACAGAUUUUAAGAAAUUCUGUGAUCUUUUAUUUCGAAAUUAAACAAUUUAUAGGCGUAACUAACUUUGUUACCUCGUUAGAUUCGUAAAAUUGGAACCGAAGAGUAAGUUUGAGGAAAGUUGAUAGGAAGAACCAGGCCAAAAUGGAUGGUUUUUGUUUGAUGUGACGUAUGCUUAUGAGAUAGGAAUAGAACCAUUAUAAAAUAAAAUGGCUGAAACUCAAAAUUUAGGUUCACAAGCAGCUAGAGAUGAAAUAAGACGAAAUGAAAAUGACUUCUCACCUGGUCCUGGGGGAUUACCAACAAGAAAUGGGUCUGCAUCAAGUCCAAGAAGUCGACAAACUCGACAGCUGGACUUCAAUCAAGCCAUGUCUGAUUUCAAAACCAUGUUUCCUAAUAUGGAUACAGAGAUUAUCGAAGCUGUAUUGAGAACUAAUAAUGGAAUUGUGGAUGCCACUAUAGAUCAAUUGCUAACAAUGAGUAUUGAUAAUGAAGUACAGGAACAAACCCAUGUUCAUUGGUCUCCUGAUAUGCCGAUUGGACACAGUUCUUCACACCAUCAUUCUCAUCAUCAUAAUCAUCAUCAUCAUAGACAUAGCCAUCAUCACAGAGAACAUGGCCAUAGUCGAUCAAAAUCAAAAAGAUCAUCGAAACAGUUAUCAAGUGAAACAAAUGGAUUAAAUGGUACAAAACCACCUGCUGUGUUGGAAUCCCCACCAUCAUAUUCAGAGGCUAUACAAGCCCCGCAAGCUCCCCCUAUACCUACAGAGUCCACAAGGUCUCGUUCACACUCACAUACUAAUGCUCCUCGGAAAUCAGCAUUAAAACAGCCCCAACCGACAAUGUUAACAACAUUUAGACAGGCGUCAGAUCCUCCUUCACCAAGAGAUAGGCUUUUGGAUCUAGAGCCAGAAGAGCUGGAAUUAUCCAAUACUGAUGUGAAAACACCAAUAACAUCAUCUUGGAAUAGUCCAAUAUUAUCAGCUGGUAAAGGUGCACCAUUAUGGGGUAGUCCAGCCACCAUGCCAGAUCUGCCUGACCAUAUUUCUUGUCACUCAAUACCAACCUCUACACUUAGUAAACACUCAAAACUGCCUCCAUAUUCUACCAAAUCAUCUGCGUCUGCAAUGAAGUCUUCAUUUGCUACGAAAUAUCAAGCAUAUAAGAAUUGGAAUCCACCAUUAUUGGGUAAUCUGCCUGACGACUUCCUGCGUUUAUCAACCAGUGUACCUGUCACUCACCCUUCUUCAACUCCUAAACAAUCUUCUUCUUCCAAAUCUGUGCCGAAGAAAAGUAGUUCUGUGAAACGAAGUCAGUCUGAACGUCAUGUAAGACACCACUCACAACCGACUAGGUUAUUUGCCACACAUGAUUUUAGUUCUGAUAUGUUACAUGAGAAAAUGAAAGAGAAUGAAAGAAGAAGGAGAAUGACAUGUCAUGUACCCGAUCCUGAAUUAGCUCAAUAUCUAGCUGAUGAGAGACUAGCUCUAAUGAUACAGAACAGUGAAUUUCUUCAAGAAUUACGAGAUAAUAAAGACUUUAUGACUACUCUUGAAAGUGAUCGGAUGAAUGCCUCGGCAUUUGAACCUACACUUCCUUCUCCAGCCUCGCCACCUGCAGCAGCUGCUACUACUUCUGAUGAUGAGGCCAAACAUGUUGGGUAUGGAGAAGAUAAUCAAACUACACUGGAAGCUUUUCCAUUCAGUCAUCAAUUACCACCCAAAUCUGAUAAAGAUGAAGAAUUAAGAACAAAAUUAAAACAUAUGGGUAAAGCCUCAAAAAAGCAGUUUGUUGCUCUAGCUAGAAGAUUUACUAGUAUUAGACGAAAAAGAACACCAAGACAAAUAUUAAAAGAACAAUCAGCUACGUCAACUGUUAAUUUAUUAGAUAGUGAAACAGAUGAAAGUGAGGUAGUUACUGUAGAACGUACAUCAUAUGAUGAUCCUUUAACUAUUGAACCACUGCCUAGUGCCUUGAAUACCCGACCAUUUUAA